GGUGUAUUAUUCUGAAAUAAUGCGAAAUCAUCUUUGACUUAUUUCUUUUUUAUAGUUGAUUAAUUGUCGUAAGCUCGUCAUUGCAUUAACAUUUUUUACGUUUGACAGUCAACUACGUGGUAAUUGUUUAAAUCCAAUAUCAAAGAUUGGUAGUUUUCUUUAGCAAACUCAUAGAAUCUUCAAACUUAUUCCAUUUUUUUGAGACAAUUUGACAGUUAGUACUAAAAAUUAACCUGGCUUAUGACUUUUUUUUUCACUUCACAUCGGUACUCUCUCUCUUGGUUAUGCACUUAACAAUACAUUUGGAGAAUGCGGAGGAGGAUUUGGUUCAUUCAUCUAGCAAGCAAUACCCAAUCUGACAUGUCUCUCAAUUUUCAGGUCUUUUUAAUUUUCACGUUAUGAUAUGGAGAAGGGGAUUGAAAUAUGUCCUCAUUCUAGUAGUAACAGUAAUUCCGUGGAAGUACUGGAUGAAGCCAUCUUAACACUGAAACGCUGCUUAACUCUAACAAACGAAGCUAGUUUUGGUAAAUGUAUCAAAGGAAAUGACGAAGUAAAGAAAGAGCAAAUUAAGGUGGAAGAGGUUGAUGAAACGAACAAUGAGACAUACGAUGAGACAAACAACCAAGUGACACAAUGUACACCGAAUGGUUUAGUUGCGGAAGCGGAAAGUCAAACAAUAGUAUCCAGUAUAAAAAUAAGACGUAUUCAUAUAGUUGAAUACGAGAAUGAGUAUCAAAUGGCUGAUAUUAUGCGACUUAUUACGAAUGUACUUAGCGAGCCUUAUUCUAUCUAUACUUAUCGUUAUUUCAUACAUAAUUGGCCAAAGUUAUGCUUACUGGCAUUGGAUGAGGACGAUGACAAAUAUGUUGGUGCGAUUGUCUGCAAGCUGGAUAUGAGCCGAGAAAAUCGUCGCCGUGGAUAUAUUGCAAUGCUUGCAGUCGAUGAGUCAUGUCGGAAAAUGGGUAUAGGCACUCGUUUGGUACAGAAAGCUAUAUCAAAUAUGCAAGAAAUGGGCUGCGAUCAAGUUGUAUUGGAAACCGAAGUAACCAAUUCAGAUGCCCUACGCCUGUACAGUAAUUUAGGAUUCAUCCGGGAGAAACGGUUAUUUCGUUACUAUUUGAAUGGUGUGGAUGCUUACAGGCUUAAGCUCUUCUUAACUACCAUCAACGAAUCUCUACUUCUUGAUCCACCUAUGUUUGUUGGCAAUACUCAAUGCGUACCAUGAUUUGUUAUAUACUCGUGUAGAAGCAGUGGUAGCUAAACCAUCUACCAAGAUUAUCGUUUGUUACAAGAUUAGGGAAAAUGUUUUUCUGGAUGAAUGUUUUUCUGUUUCUGUUUAGUAGGAAAUAUUGCGGUGAAUAAUUAUUUGACAGUUUAGAGUCAUGUUGCUGAUACCUGGAUUAAUACAAUAUAAGGAAUUAUAGUAAUAUCGUUUUUCGUUCUCAAAUUUGGCAAAAAAAUGGGAAUAUUUAUGAAAUUAUUCUUGUUGUGGAUUAAAAUCGAAAAGAAAAAGCCGUCCCGUAUGUAUAUGUGUAAAUACCAAUGUCGUUGCAAGUGGUUAUUGAAUGGUGUCUUUACUUUUCAGCUAUGCUUUCUGAAACUUCCUGAGUUGAUUCAUUAACCGAUCAGUUUAUAUUUCUAAAUAUUUAUAACGACAGUUGGUCGCAUUCUUUCUUUUUUCUCGACAACUGUUAUUCCAUUCUUGUUGCAAAGAUCUACGCGCUUAUUAGUUUUACUUGGAUGUGCAAAUUUUAAUUCUUUGUAUUACUUUUUUUUACGUUCUUCGUUAAGUAAUGUAUUUGUUGCAUUCAUGUGCCAAAGUGCUUUGCAGAAUCGCUAUGAGGAAAAAUAAGUGAUUUUAGGCUUUUUAGAAUUGGCGGAGCGACAGCGUUAUUCACGAGUCCCUACAACUAUUAAACUUAGCAUUCUCAGUUGCAAAAGUUAAUUUUUUGACUCCUUGUGCUUGUUGAGGUUACUAUUUACAAUUAAAGUACAGUAGCCUUUCCUUCUGGAUCAUAUUAUGUUUUACCUUUUGUUGGUCAUGUUAUUUGACCGAAAUCCUUUAUCUUGAAGCGCAUUAUAGCAAUUUGUAUAAUUCUUUGUAAUUAUCUCGC